AGGUACACACACUAUUUUCCUUUUUCUAUAAGGAUUCUGUUUGUCACGAUGUCAUGUCUCCUCUUUACUCUCGUUCGAAUCUCCUCUGUCUAGGGAAUAUCUUGUCUUGUUAUUUUCAUUAAGAGAUCCAAUAGAUGGAGAAAGGAGAAUCAACAAGCACCUCCAACGGAUCAACCGAACCAGAUCACGACUUUGAAUGCAACAUCUGCUUCGAGUUAGCACAAGACCCAAUCGUCACUCUCUGCGGCCACCUCUUCUGCUGGCCUUGCCUAUACCGUUGGCUCCACCACCACUCUCACUCUCAAGAAUGCCCUGUUUGCAAAGCUCUCGUCCAAGACGACAAGCUCGUCCCUCUCUACGGUCGUGGCAAGAACCAGACUGACCCUAGAACCAAACGUUACCCCGGGAUGCGGAUUCCCAACAGACCUGCUGGUCAGAGACCCGAGACUGCCUCUCCUCCUCCUCAGACUCAGAAUGACGGAGCUAGUAACUUUUUUAACUACGGGAUUGGUUUGAUGGGUGGGUUUAUGCCGAUGGCGACUACGAGGAUUGGGAAUUUUAGUUUUGGGUUUGGUGGGUUGUUGCCUUCUUUGUUUAACUUUCAGUUCCAUGGGUUUUCCGACGCGACGCUUUAUGGGACGGGUUACCCUUUUGGUGGUUACCAUGGUUUUGGUGGGCUUUCUGGUCAUGUGCAGGAUGGUAGGAAUGAAGCGAUGGGUCGUGGAGGGCACUCAAGCGAUGCGGUUCUGAAGCAUCUCUUCCUUGUCGUUGGAAUUUGCGUUUUAUUGUUCCUUUUAUGGUGAAAACAAGAAAGAUUCCGUUUGGUUUAUUCAUUCCAGGUAUGAUAGUUGCAAACGAUGCAUGUAUAUAUACGGUAAUAGGCUGAGUUAUGUGUCUGCUUUUCCUACGUUUUGUUUUUGUUAUUUGAGGAAGAAACUUGGAUCUUCUAUUCACGAGUCUUUUUUUAUUUAUCUAUCUGCUUUUGUGUUGUCUCUACAUCUUAUGAGAACUAGCUGUUGUGGAAUAAAUGUUGCAUAUGAUGGACAUAAGUUUGGAUGUAUUCUUGUUUACAGACAGAUUUUGAGAAGCCUUUAGCAUCUGUUUUCUGC